AUGUCUCAGCAGCGCUCGUCGUCUUCGUCGCCGCCGAAACGUGAGAAGGGGGUUAUGGAGCCUCGACCCAGCGCUAGCAUCCUGCUCCUUUCACCGACGAACCAGGUGCUCCUGCUGCAGCGGGUCAAGACAUCGACGUCCUUUGCGUCGGCGCAUGUGUUUCCGGGCGGGAAUCUGGACGCCUUCCACGACGGCGAGAUCCCCCCCAACAACGCGCGCGAAAGACAUGAGGACGGCCAUGCCUACCGGUUGGGUGCCAUCCGUGAGUGCUUCGAGGAGACUGGCAUCCUCCUCGCCACGAAGAAGAACUCGAACGACAGGUCUAUGCUUAUCAACGUCUCCACCGCAGACAGGGAGAAAGCCCGGAAGCUGAUCUACGGGGGCAAGGUGCGCUUCGGCGACUGGGUCGACAGCGUGGGCGGCGUCCCGGACACCGGACGCUUGAUCCCCUUCACGAGAUGGGUGACGCCCACCAACGUGCCCAAGCGCUUCACGACGCAGAUGUACAUCUACAUGCUGCCGUCCUCGGCUUCCACGGGCGCCUCGGCUCUGGAGAACGAGAUCAUCGUGCCGACCCCGGACGGCGGUGUCGAGCACACGGCCGCCAAGUUCGACGACGCCUCGACCUGGCUCUACCGCGCCGACAAGGGCGAGGUCAUCCUCUUCCCACCGCAGUACUACCUCCUGCACCUUGUCUCGCAGUUCUGCAAGGCCGCCGCACCGUCGGCGGCGCCCGGCCGGGGCCAUGGGGACGACUACUUCGCCUCGCAGCGCAGAGGGCUGCUGGACUUCCUCGAGAGCGUGCCUGCCACAGCAGUGACUGGAUCGUCGUCGUCCGCGGCGCGGAGGCACCCCACGUCGGAGAUCCCGUGGGCGCACAAGGUCAUGAGCCCCCACAACUUGUUCAUCCGCGAAAGGGACGGCCGCGUCGUGCUCGGGCUCGACAAGCCGGGCCCGGAGCUCAAGGGGUCGGGCCGCGGCGGCGACUGGGAGCGGGUCGUUCUGGUCGAGUUCACGAGGGACGGUCCGCGCAAGGUCGAGGUGAGAGGUCGCGAGGAGGUGUUGAGGGAGGAGAAGGAGGCCAAGAGGGAGAGGGAGGCGGAGCACAAGCUAUAA